GAGGCGACAGCCUCCUUUUGCAUUCACCAAGGCAAACAAAUAAUUGGCGCCAUAUUUUGCUCUUAGUUUCACGUUACCUGGUAUACCAUAAAACUUUUAAUGCAUCGAGAAGGGAGGAAUGAAUUAUCUGUUAAAGAUAUUUCCAGCUAAUGCAUAAGUCCAAAAAGCCUUGGGCAAUGUAGCUCUGGACUACAGAACGAGGGAAUCCAUCGCUAACGAUAUGGAACAGGAAGCAAGCAAUAAAAAGCGGACCCUUCCUUCGUGGAUGCGUGAGGCUGAUGCUUCUCCAUCCAAUGUGAAGUCAAAGAAUGGCAAUUAUCCUGAAAGAAGCAAUUUCAAAGGAAGGGCCAGCAAAGUAGGUUCAGCUAUCGAAAGAACAGUAUAUCUUAUGACAUCGGAAGAAUUUUUAUCAACUGCCCAUGACAUUAUUCGAGAGAAUGAGAUGAUUGAUAAUGAUGAAUCAACACUGGCGAUGAAACGUGUUGACGAACAGCAAGACAAUCCUGUAGUUCACGCUUUGGCUGGCAAUAAGCUUGAGUGACAGUGUACAAUUAAGCACAGUUGUUCCAUUGUUACCUGCUCUGUAAAUACAAUCAUAGAAUACAGUUUAUUAGUAUUCAAUGAAAAUUAGUUGCGCUCGAUUUUGUAAAGAGUUGAACCUACUUUACACAUUAUUGCUGACAUACAAUAUGGCAAGUAGCAAUGCAUACGUAGGAUCAGUUUAUCUCAGCCUUGAUAAGAAUAUGAUUGUUUUUGUUUUGCAUGUAAAAAGAAAGAAACUUAGUUGAAACUAUAUAAUAAGAUAUCGACUGAUACUUAAAUGUGCAAGUAAAUUUUAACGAGGUAAACGAAACUGUCAGUCCCCUUAUAAAACAUUUUCAUAAAUGAAAUCGUUAACAUUGAUCAAAUUCAACUGUGUUACGAUGCCGUGUAACGAUACUAAUACAAUUUGAUAGAAGGCCAUGAUAAGGAAAACAUGGCCGCUAAACUUUAACAGGAAAUAAAUGUAAAAAAUAUCAGUGGUUUCAAGACAACUUCAGUGUAGGCAAAUGCAACCUAACGGUGAUAGAAGCAAGUCCAAACAUUGCUGAAAUUUUUUGUGUGAUUGUAAACAAACAGAUAAUAAAAGAAGAAGAAAAGUGAAAUUGUAGUAAGUAACAAUAGACAACAAAUUAAAAUUUGACGACAACAUUAGAUAUAUGCAAAUGGUAGGUAAAGAGAUUUAGCAAGUUAAUAUAUUGCUUAAGCUUUAAAAGCACCUUAUUUUAAUGCAGAUAAACGGACACUGUUCAUGAAUAAUUUUGCUAUGCCAUUUUUCCAAAUUACUAUCUCUUCAUGUAGAUUCAUUGCAGUAAUAAUAAACAUUCAUGAAAGAGCACUGUGAAUAGCCAAUAA